GGUUUGGUAUGAUUUGGUUAAAAUUAUGAAGCCGUGUUUUUUUUUUGAAACAGCAUUGCAGAGAAAACAACCUAUCUGAAAAUAAUUAGGCAAGAGACUAUUGCAAGCUUAACUGGCUUUAGAUGUUAGCAAAAUGUACAAGAUACAAGAAAAUCGACUGAGCAAAAAAUAUGUUAAUGUCACUGAUCUCUGGCUCCACCUUUCUUUCCAACCAUUGUUGCUCUGGUUUUGUCAGAAGCUUGGGGAUGUGGUUUGUGUUUGUACACACAGAAAUGUACAGGGUUAUAGUUUAGCUAGAAAUGAUGAUAAUUAAUGCUACUUUUAGGCUACUGAGACAGGUACGACUUCAUAAGUGACCAUCAGUGACUAAAUAACUCUAAAGCCUGCAGUGACAUUUUAACAUUACUCUGCCAGUUGGAAGGUGGCAUGAUGGUGACAGAUAUUGAAACGAGUAUGCUUUACGUGCAAUGAGUUCAAGUCUACUUUAAGAAUAAAUUAAAUCUAAAAUAUGUGUCUAUUGCCUUCAAGAGAACUUCCAUUUUUCUCCUGUGUAAGAGUUUGUUAUUCACUAAUGUGCACUAAUCCACACUCUUUGGAAUCUGAAGACACUUUUGAAAUUAUUGAGAGUAAACAGUGAAAAUAGUUGCCAUGGUAGAUAGAGCUACCAUGUAGAGCUGCAAACCAUCCAUUUAGCACAGAUUUUACCCUUGUAAAACUUAUUAUCCCUUCCACCUUUUGUAUUCCGAGGGGAAGAUUUGCAAAACACAAUACUGACCAAGAAGUUUUUAUAACUGGGUGGCUAUGUGGUCCUAACAGCCUUCUUAGAAAUAAAGAUUAUUUUGGAGAUUUACUUUGCAAAGCUUACUUUAUCAUUUUAAUUCCUUAUAAGAAUUUAAAAACAGUCUGACUAUAGUAUGGAGUGCACUUUCUACCUUUGUGCACUGUGUUGAGAAUGUGAACACUUAUUAUAGCAAUCUCUUUGGGAUAUAAUUUAUCACACAGUGGUUUUCUGUGGAGAAAAAUGAAACAGCCAUCAACCACCUUUCCAUUACGUCAAAGGAAACUGAGCUAUUUGUGAGUUCUUAGAAUCUAACACUUCUUAAAAACAUGUACUCAAACUAUAAAAAGCUAUACCAAUGUGCUGUGUUUCAUGUUUGGGUACACUUGACAUGAAGAAGGAUCAAGAUAACUAUUGUUUCGAUAUUAAUUUGCCCCGGUAUACUGCAUGAAAAGAGUUGCCUGAAAGACUGCAGCAAAAGAUCCAAACCAGUAGAAAAAUAGUUUGCAGGGAACUCAAUGUCAUUUGUAUUCUGAGAAACUUCCACUGAAGAAAAAGGCUGGGGUUUCUCCGGAGCACCCGUAUGAAUCGUGUUCUAGUUAGAAUUGGGGGUUAUCACCAGUUUCCAGAGCUUCGACAUUGAAAAAUUUCCUGCAUCACUAUCUGAAGACCCGGCUAUGGUAUAAUGACAGGUGAGUACAAACCAUUUUCAGUUAAACAAAAAUAUGAGAUUAUAUGCUCUUAACUAGAAUAUUUUUAAAAUGGGGAAAGUUAAAAACUGCACAACCGUACAAAAAUUCAUGGACUGGUAUAAUUAUAGCUUCUUAUUGUGUAGCAAAAUGUAAAGAUGAUUGCUAGCAGUAGUACAAUGGAAGCAAGAGGUAGGAUAAAGAAGGAAAAGCAUGAUGCUCCAUACUUUUUUUCAGGAAAGAGCCAUCAACUUUGAACAAACUCUCAACAGGAAAACACUGGAGAUGUUUCUGAACUUUUUCUUAUUCAUAGGAUUAUGCUAGUAGCAGAUAAAACAUUUUUUUACUACCAUAACAUGAACAUUUUAGUAUCAGUAUUAAGUUCAUGUCUUCCAGAUUACAGGGCAAGAGGUUUUUUUAAGGCAAAUUCUUAGAAAAAAAGGCUUUGAUAUGGAAGCCAUCUUAAUUAUGAUGCCCUAAAUUCAGGACUUUUUUUAUUAUUACAUUACUAAUGUAAGACAGAUACUGCAUUCCUGAGCAAUAUUCAUCAGUCCAUGCUGGAAAAUUGGCCAUCUUACCUCUCCCUUCCCCUGACUUCAGAAGUUGUUGCUUCUUAUUUGUGGUAUGAUUUAAUACUUUCUCUUUCAACACUAAUAAAACAUCUACCUUAGAAGAAACUAGAAAAUGGCAGCUGAUUAAUUGUUAACAGCAUUUGGUUUCUUCUGUAUUUUCCCAACAGUCCUCAAGCACAACAACGUGAAUUUUUAUGUUUCUUUUCUGCCUUUUGUUGAUAGGCUUCUCUGAGUGGUAUACUAGAAGACUGCUGUUAGGAACAAAUUGUGAUGGGAAGCUUGGUCUGUAAAAGGAAACAGAUUGCUAACCAGACAAGCCUAGAAGUGAACACAAGGCACAGCCAGAGCGAUAGUGUACAUCUGCCAGUUGCCAAUUCCCCCCUGAUUAUUGCAGUCAGUGAUUUUCCUUCUAGAUACAGAGAGCCAGUACUAAGGAUGGGGGAACAGCUGAACUUGCUAUCUGAAGAGGGUGAAUGGUGUCAAGUCAAGUCAGUAGCAACUGGCAAAGAAUGCUGUGUACCUAGCAACAAUAUAGCUAAAAUCUCACACAGGUGGCUCUAUGAAGGCAUUGAUCGAGCCAAAGCUGAGGAGUUGUUACUGUUGCCUGCAAACCAGGAAGGUUCUUUCAUCAUAAGAAAGAGACAAGCGAAGAAAGGUUGCUACUCUUUAUCAAUCAGAUGCACAAAUCAUGAAUCCUGGAAUUGUGUAAAACACUACCGCAUUAACUGCUUAGAGAACAACUGGCUUUAUAUUUCCCCCAGCCUUACCUUCCCAAGCUUGCAUGAACUGGUGGACUAUUAUUCUGAAAGUAGUGAUGGCUUAUGUUGCUGUUUGAAGAAACCAUGCUUCAUCCAAGGAGCUAGUUCCAGCUUGUUUCAUAAUCUUCCAAAACCUGUGGAAGUAAAAAGAUCUGCUCUCAACUGGCAACAGAUCAAGAGCUCAGACUUGUUGUCAGAAGAACCGCUAAUAGAAGACUCACCCAUCAGUCUUGGCUUGCGAGAAGCAGUUACUACUUACCUGUAUAUGACCGAUGACCUGUCAUUACAGGGCACACCAAAGAGAAAAAGAAGGCAAACCAAAGAUAUCUAAAGCAAAUAUUGGAAGUAUUUCUGGAAUAGGAAACUUGAACACAAGAUCUGUUGAAUUUGUGGUAUUUUUAUCAAGUUGAUUCAAAGUGGUUAUCCUUAAACCAGUGUUAUCAUAGUUAUACUUUUCAGCUUUUUCAAGAAGCUUGGCUCAUUGAAAUAUUGUGGUUCUUUUGGUUUGUGUGUAUGUGAAGUAUAUUUAUGUAUUUUUCCUACUGGUUUUGCACGUGGUAAUUCAUAAUUGAUUAGUAAUGCAAAAACUGAGAUAUUCACAAUAAACCAAGUAACUGUUUCACACGGCUGCAAUGGAGCAUUGUGACAUUAUUGUCAACAGUUCAAGAAACAAAGGAAAGCAAGGAAAGAUGCUUUCUCUGAUCUGAGAGGAAGAAUGAUAGGAAUGGAGCUACCAAAAGUAGAAUGGAAAUGCAAGUGUUCUCUAUACAGAAUCCACAUGUGGCACAUAAAAGGCACCCAAAAACAUAUUUGGCCACACUCAUAAACUGCAUGGUUUGCUUAAUGAAGACACAGUACAUUGGUUUUAUGUUAAAACUAAACAAACUUCACAUGUUCACCACCUUGAGUUAUUUGUAAAAAUAAUAAAGGAGGAAUACAAAUAACACUUUAAAAAUAAAUUAUAGUGGAGUCAUUGAUGAUGUCUGAACUUGGUUGUUUGCUUGCAAAUGUUUCGUAACCUGAUUAGCACUGACCUUACUUAAUUGGGUAAUGAAAUGUCUACAAGCAAACAACCAAGUUCAGAGAGCACCAAGAAAUCCAUAGUUCAAUCCUGAGUUACAUAUAUUCUCUUAUAUUGUAACUACAUUAUAGCCUGAAUAAUAAGGAAACCAGUCCAAAGUCCACAAAAAUAGUAUUGAACUUGUCUGGCUCCUAGUUUCCUACACAGCAGACUUCAGGAAUAUGGAAUCACGGGUCUUCCAGAUGUUGUUAAAUGAUAAUUCAGUGUCCCCAAGCACUGGUCAUGAUAAUUAGAAGUUCUAUCAGUUACGAUUUAUAACACUUUGAAAGUUACAUAUGUCUAAGCCCUGCUCUAUAGUUUUAGGAUUAUCUUCAACAUUGAAGGGAUAUAACUAGAAAUAUAAGUUAUUCAAGCCUUAACAAAAUGCACUUACUUGUCUACAACAAAAAGAUAAAUAUUUUUUCAGGGAUACCUUGUUAUCUAGAAAACUCCCCAUAAUGUUACUAUGAGACAACUGGAUGUCUUUUAACAAUCACAAACUUUAUUCCAAUUUAUUACAGCAAAAUAAUUUUUAUCUGGUGUACAGCUGCUAUACUUUUAACCUGUAAGAGCCAAAUAAUUGGAGACAAAUUAUUCCCUGAAAUUAGUCUUGGCAUAAAGUCUCUGUCAGAAUGCAAAAAAAGUAGACUGUUUUUGAAUGAGAUAAGAUGGUCAGAAAAAUGUUACUUCUAUGACGAACACUAGAUAACUGAAACCUACAUAAUUCUGCAGCAUAUAAACAUUACGGAUUUUUAUUCAUAAUUACCAAUUUGUACACUAAACAGGUCUUCAACUCACAAAUGUGCUUUAAUUUAAACUUUGGUGGUGUCAAAAACAAGUCCAAUAUCAAGGUAGGAAAAAUCCAACAUUCAGAACACCCAAUGCAAAAAUACCCUAUUCUGUCCACCUCAAAGUAAUUUCUCGUCCCAGAUGUUAUCUAACAAAAAGGAAGCAGUGAUGGAAAUAUGAU